UCUCAUAUUUAAUCGCUCAAAAAUAUACCAUAUAGGAGUAUUUCGUUCAGACGAUAUGAUCGGACAACUCAAGCCCUAAUCUCUUUGUUCAUACUUCACACCUGCAUAUAGAGAUACACAAACUCUGUAUAUAUAGCCCGUUGAUUCCGGCAGCUGAUCGUAUGUCGGAGCCGGUCGCCGGAGAAGAAGAGGGAGGAGCGUCGGGGUGUGCGCGAGUGAAUCCUCAGUCGGUAGUUGGGGUGUCGGAGGGUGGUGGGAUGAGUCGGAAGGAGAAGAGGAAGGCGGCGAAGAAGGAGAAGAGGAAGCAGAAGAGGAAGGAAUUGGCGGCGAAGGAGCUGGAAGAGGAGGCGGCUCGGCUGAACGAUCCAGAGGAGCAGCGGAGGAUUCAGUUGGAGGAGGAGAGAGAAAGCGAGAGGUUAGAGAGAGAUAGGAAGGAGUUUGAGGAGCACGAGAGGCAGUUUCUCGAGGCAUUAGCGAGAAAAAAAGCGGAAGAGGAGGAGGAGGGAGAUCGUAGGAAGGCUUUGGAAGAAGAAUUAAAUCAAAAUCAGGUUGAACAUCAGAAUGAGUUAAAAGAAGAUGAAGACUGGGAAUAUGUAGAAGAGCGGCCUCCUGAAAUUAUAUGGCAAGGAAACGAGAUAAUUGUCAAGAAGAAUAGAGUGAAGGUCAAAAAGAAAGAUGUAGACCAACGGACAAAGAAAGAGGAUCUGGAUAGACCUACAUCAAAUCCUCUUCCUCCACAAUCCGAAGCCUUUGCUGAUUACAAAAGUGCAUCCACUGUUUCGGCACAACAGUUGUUGGAUAAUGCCGCUCAACAAAUCCCAAAUUUUGGAACUGAACAGGAUAAAGCUCAUUGUCCUUUCCACAUCAAAACAGGAGCUUGUCGGUUUGGGGUGCGUUGUAGCAGAGUUCAUUUUUACCCAGAUAAAUCUUGCACAUUGCUUAUCAAGAACAUGUACAGUGGACCCGGCCUUGCCUGGGAGCAGGAUGAGGGGCUUGAGUAUACUGAUGAAGAGGUUGAACGUUGUUAUGAAGAGUUUUACGAGGAUGUGCAUACAGAAUUCUUGAAAUUUGGGGAAAUUGUAAAUUUCAAGGUUUGCAGAAAUGGUUCGUUCCACCUGCGGGGGAAUGUGUAUGUACACUACAAGUCUCUGGAUUCAGCUGUGUUUGCUCAUCAUUCUAUAAACGGUCGCUAUUUUGCUGGUAAACAGGUAAAAUGUGAGUUUGUUGGUGUGACCCGAUGGAAAGUUGCAAUAUGUGGGGAGUAUAUGAAAUCGAGGCUCAAGACAUGUUCCCGUGGAACUGCAUGCAAUUUUAUCCACUGUUUUCGCAAUCCUGGUGGAGACUAUGAAUGGGCUGAUUGGGAUAAACCGCCCCCAAAAUACUGGGUGAGAGAGAUGGCUGCACUAUUUGGCUAUUCAGAUGAAACUGGGUAUGACAAACAAAUGGAGCAAGAAAGUGCAGGUCAGCUGAGGGGCUCUAGCAAGGUGGUACCAGCAGACAAAGACAGAUAUAACUCCAGAAGAUCUCGACCGAGGGCAAUUGAUUCCUUAAAUAGCAAUUCUGGUGGAAGCUACCAUGAGGAAAAUGAUAUCCGAAGGAGAACACGCUGGCAGAGGCACCGAAAUGAUGAUAGAAAGCAAAUGAAAAUACCUUAUGAGAAAAAUUGUGAAGAGGAAGCAAAUUCUAUAAGUAAUCACCAUAGCAAGAAGAGAAAUUGUGAUGUCAAUUCUGAUGUAGAUGGGUGGGAUAGAGACGGGGAUGGAGAUGAACACCAUAAUAGCACAAGGCGGAGGUCUAGACAUCAUGUCAAAGUGUUAAAAUUCCAGGAUGAACGUGGGGAUGGGAAGAACAGAUGUCGUGAAAAUUGUUCUGAUGGAGAUUGGUCAGAUGGGGAUGGCGACAGUCACCAUUAUCGCACAAGGAGGAGCACAAGACACCAGAAGAAAACGUCUGAAAUCCUGGAUGAUCACGGGUAUGGUGAGAAACGAACUCGUACUACUGAUUCCAGUGGAGAUUGGUUGGAUAAGAAUAGAGAUGGUGACAUGCACUGCAGUCACAAAGAGAAAAGAUCGAGACGCCAAAACGAAGUGUCUGAAUCUCCAGAUGAACAUUGGAUCAGAAAUAACAGAAUUCAUGAUAGUGAUUCCAGUGGAGAUUGGUCUGACAGGAAUAGGGAUAGACACUGUACCAAAACAAGGAAACGCCGAAGGCACAGUAACGAAGUUUUAGGAUACACCGACAAUCAUGCAGAACCAGAAAAACUGUUGAAAGAUAUAUUUCAGUGUAGGGAAUCUCACCCAAAAAAAUUUAAGCGACGGGGAGACCCCAAACGUAGCCACUCAAGCAGAAGGGGUUGUUCUGACGGAGAGGCAAGUGAUGGAGAUUUUGCAGAUGAGGGUUUGAAGUCAGAUGGGAAGCAUGACACGUCUAGUUCGGGUCAAUAUAGUCGGAGAAUAAAAUCACAUGGACUUGAUGGAAACGUGGACGAAGUGGUUCAUGAGGAUCACUUUCCUGAGAAGCAUCUGAAAUCUAAAAGAACAGUUAGAAUGGAUGAGAAAGGUGAGUCCGAUAGUCCAGGUCGAUAUGGUGAGAGAAGUAAAUCACACACUGAUGAAGAAAUUGAAGAACAAGGCCGUUGGGAUCCUGACUUUGGCCAAGAAAAUGUUCCGAAAAGAAGAAAAAAAAAGACUCCAUCCAGGAAAACACCACAUUUCUAGAAGAAAAUAUAGCGGCCGUGGUUGUGAACAGUAGGAGUACUACUGUGAAAGUAGAUCGAGAAGCAGUAGCUGUUCCAGCCGUGGGAAAUACUCUGGAUAGCUGGAAAAAGAGAUGGACUCUGCUCAAGUGUGCGAAGAAUCUGAAGCGAAUCACAAAGAAAGCAUCAGGGACGGCACCUUGAAAGACUUUUGACACUCGUAUGCAUGGUGCAGUCUCAGAGUAAUUCGACUACAGGAUUGACCUGAAAUCCAUAUAUCUGGCAAUGCAGAACUGGUUGAAUAUUGGCAAGUUAUAAGUAGCCGAAAGUGACGUAUGGAAUAACUAUGAAUCUAUUUCUCAAUGCUGCUGCAUAUAAGAAUACUACUAGUUGGAAGUGGGCACUUGCAAGGCAACGCGAAUAGGUAGAUGAAGAGGAAUCGUGUUUGAUAUCUGUUAUUGAUGUUCUCAGAUUGUUUCAGCCUUUAGUUUCUAAAAGCCUACCUAGUUAUAAGCCAAUGUUUCUUCACUUCAUUUCUUUGCUUGCUUCAACAAUAAUUUUUGGAUUUUCGUUUAAUUUCUCUUUAUUUAUUAUAAUUUUGUAAGCAAACUUGAUUUCUCUUACCUUUUUUUUUUUUUUUUUUUAAUAAAAAUAUUCGCGCUUUAGGUA